AUGUCUACCACAUCAACAACAGUAACCACAGCUGCCGUCACAGCUGAGCGGCCACUCUAUCCCAUUGGCAUCCCAGAGAAAUUCUCAGCCGAUGGAGUUGUCCAGCGGUUUCCCGGAAACACCACAGUCUGCCAUGUUCCCGCCGACUCUCCUCUCCAGCCCGGCAUGAACGCCCUCCACGCAUCUCUGAGUUCACAUCCCGUGCUCUCCAAGCUCGUCCAUCUCUUGCCGAAGCCUUCAUGGCACAUGACCGUCCUCGACGGCCUCCGCGACAAGGAAUGUGAGCCUGGCAUGUGGCCUCCUGGAAUGGAAAAGCUGCCUCUCGACGAGUGCACCCGCGAGUUCUCCCGCAAGCUGAGGGCCCUCGGCCUGGAGCUGGAAAAGGAGGGCCUCGCGCCGCCAUACAAGAUGCGAAUCCGGGGUUUUGACCCUGCCGUCAUCGGCAUCGGACUGGAAAUUGAGGGAGCAACACCGGAGGAGGAGAAGCGCAUGCGGCGGCUGCGUGACAGACUUGCCGAUACCCUGGGCUUCAGAGCGCCGAACCACGAGACAUACGGCUUUCAUAUUAGCAUGGCGUAUCUGAUGAGGCACAUUGAUGGCGAGAACAGGGAUGCGCUGAAUCAGGUGUUUGCGCAGCAUUUGCCAGCGCUGCAGCGGGAGUUUGAUCUUGGGCCGGUGGAGUUUUGCACGUUUGAAAACAUGUAUGCAUUUCCGAGACUGUUUUAUCUCGGGGAGCAAGACCUUUGA